UGCACCUAAAGCUGGUUUGCCAACCGCCAUAAAACGUCAAAGCAGAAGAAAAAGGCGUCACUGCGCUACAGUCUGCAGAAAGGGAAGGAAAUGGCAAAGUCGGUCGGGUAAUUCACAUGGGAACAAGAAAGAGCCAGACUGGUGAAAAGAGCCUCUUUACCAAAGAGCUGGAGAAUGCCCUUGAGAGAAAUGAGAGGGAAAAUCCCCAUGAUUCAGUGGUGCUUCAUCCAAAGAAGGCUGGACUUAUCCUCGACAGCUUGCCAGAGAAGAGUGUGAUUGGCACAAGUUCACUUCGCAGAGCAGCUCAGCUAAGGAAACGAUUCCCUCAACUGGAGUUUGAAAAUAUUGUAUCCUGCACUUUUCUUUCCUAUUGCGUCUGUGGAGGUUUAUACAUUAUUAAUGGCAGCAGCUGUAUCAAAAAAGAAAAAAAAAUGUAGGAAAUGGACUUGGUUCUAUCCAUCAGAUGUUGAUUCGAUGGAGACAGAUCUAAAUGCAAGAAUACCAACUGCUAUUCUGAAUAUGAAGGUCUCUGGUGACUACAGCAGUGUUUAUAGAUGUAUUUAUUGUAUAUUUAUAAUAGAUUCUGGACCCUGAAGAUUGCAUGUAUGCAGUUGGCCAGGAAAGUGUGCAAAAAUGCAAUUACAUUAGGUUUUCAUGCAUUAGAUUUAAAAUAGUAGUAAAUAUGUUCCAGUGUUUAUACUCCUCAUGCUUUGUACUUAUUAUUGUGUUGUUCAUGUGAGAAAAAAUGCAGCUGCUGCCUCAACUGUUAUUGCACGUUAUAAACCUUAAAGGAAACACCUGUGUAACAAUUCGUUAACAGUUACAGCCAUAAAAGUGCACUUAUUUUGGUAUAUGUUGCAUGCAGGGUUUCUGCAGGCUUUAUGAAGGUAAAUGUAAGACUUUUUGAGUCCUCUUUAAGACCAAGUAAAGAAAAUAUAAGGAAUACAUUGAAUGGAGCACAGAGUUUGUCAAUAUGGUCUCUAUAUGUAAAUGUCUUGUAUAAGCAAUGAUUCAAUGUUUGAAAACACAGCUUCCAUCUCCAUUAUGUUUUAAUUGAAAAAAAGAAAAAAAUCUUAAAGGGAUACUUCAACCCAAAAUAAAAAUGUUGUCAUUAAUCACUUACCCUCAUGUCACUCCAAACCCAUAAAAGCUUAGUUUGUCUUCAGAACUAUUUUAUUUUGGAUGAAACCUUGGGAGUCUUGUGACUGUACAGUGGUUCAACCGUAAAGUUAUGUUGCGACGAGAAUACUGUUUGUACCCGAAGAAAAACAAAAAUUAUGACUUUAUUCAACAAUUUGUCUCCUCUGUGUCAUUCCACAUAAGCUUAGAUUACACAGAAGAGCAUAAGCUGCCAGUGUAUUGAUGGCAGAUGGACUAUUCUGAUGAUGUCUUUCAUACUUUUCUGGACCUUGACAGUAUAUUUUACUUGGCGGUCUACUGGACAGUAAGAAGCCUCCUGGUUUUCAUCCAAAAUAUCUUAAAUUGUGUUCCAAAGACGAGCGAAGCAUUUACAGGUUUUGAAUGACAUAAUAACAAAAUUGUAAUUUUGGGGUGGAGUAACCCUUUAAGGCUGGAAUAACUGUGUGGAAGGGUGAAUUAAUAUGAACAUAGAACAUACUGCAUUUGUGAUCAGAUAUACAGGCUGUGAAACCACUGCUGUAUAAGCCUGCAGCAAAUGUUAAAUAAGCAGUAAUGUGUCUUAACAUCAGGGAGCACUGGCAAUGGAAGUCAGAGCACAAGAUAAAGACAUCCUUGAAAUGGUGUCUGUUCUGCAGUAUCAAGACAAUGCUGCGGUGCAUCUCAGAGAGAGCUUUUCUCAAGCAGCUGGUGGGUUUCCUUACAUGCACAUCAACUCAGCUUUCAUUGCAUGUGGUACAUAUCAGUUUGACCUUAUCUUGAGAGUAUUCUGGGCAGUCCAACACAGUUUUAUGGUUUUAAUACUGCUCUAAUACUCAGUUGCGACUCACGCAAAAGAUGGCAGAAAACGCAGGGUGGUGUGGUGCUACUUUUCAUCAGCUGAAAAAAGUAUAGCACGAUGCAAUAUUUGUGAUAAGAGAGUCACACAGUGCAACAAUACACGCAAUCUUUUUAAACACUUGCAAACAACACACCCUGAAACGUAUAAAGAGGCUGAACAAAAUCAAGAUGCAUAGUUUUCAGCUGCCCAGUCUUCCUCUGCCUGCCAAAAGACAUUACAGGAGAGUUUUCAUGGAGGCAAACCUUAUCCAGUUACAAAGAGCACAGUCAUUAACUUAUUAACUGUACUCCCUGUCUCUGUCAUAACCAUUAGGUGAAUACAAAUAAAUAUAAAGUGUGUAUGUUUGUGUGGGGUGUCCUGGUUUUCCUUACAUUAGGGACAAAACACACAAGUAAUACCAAUACAUUUUGACUUCCUGGGGACUUUUAGGUCUCCAAAAC